GUGCGGUCUAGGUUAUAAGAGUAACACGACAGUGUGCUGAAAGACAAGAGGAACUAACAGCCAAGCACUUCGAAAGCAUGCAGUACACAGUCGCUGUUAUCAAGGUACGUUUGCCAGUACGCACUUGGUUGCCACGGCCUGGAAAUGAUUCUCCCACAGGAGGCACUGUGUCUCCAUCCCGUAGUCUAUGGACCUUUCUUACAGCCGGCUGAAGAUGAUAUACUUCCCCUCUCAAAUUCAAUCAAGACAAUGCAUCAGUCUCAGGAUACAACCGGUACAGCCAUUUCAUUUGCAAGGUCCCGGUAUGACAUUGUUCCCGAGUGAUGGAUUCACCCAACGGGUGUUGACAAAGAUGGUUCCACCAGUCCUUUCGGUGUUUACUCCAAUAGUCAUGCCUUGGGUAAGUCCAUCUCUGCUAGCAGCGGUUUCCCGCUAAAACCAAAACCAAUCCAGGUGGAAAUUUGCGUGAGUUCGACGCAAUGUUC